GUUUCUGGUACGACAUGUAUCAUGUAACACCACUUAGGAAACCAAGGUUUCUCCGCAAGAACGCGGCUUGAUUAAAUACUUAGAAGCAAAAAGAAAACAAACGAAUUGCAUAAUUAUCUACCAGUGUCCUAGUAACACUGAUUUACAUUAUGAUUAAUUUCUUCUUUCGUCAGGAAGGUUGAAGAAAGCUGAUGUUAUACAGCAAGCGUCUGACCCCGCUCUACGAAUCGUUAGCGUCGUAUUUCCUGAAGCCUUCAAGAGGAAGCGCCGUUUUUGCAAAGACUUCACCAGUCCACCUCAUCAGCCUUAGGACAAUGGCGAAGAGCAAAUUCGAAUACGUCAGGAAUUUUGAGGUGGAUGACACCUGUUUAAGAAACUGCUGGAUUGUGGUUAGAUUGGAUGGGAGGAAUUUCCACAAGUUUGCAGAGCAGCACAGUUUUACAAAGCCUAACGAUGACCGUGCAUUGAACCUGAUGACUAGGUGUGCCCAGGCAGUGAUGGAGGAGCUGGAGGAUAUAGUGAUCGCUUACGGGCAGAGUGACGAGUACAGCUUUGUUUUCCAAAAGAAGUCAAACUGGUUCAAAAGAAGAGCCAGCAAAUUCAUGACACAUGUGGCCUCCCAAUUUGCUUCAAGUUACGUGUUUUAUUGGAAGGAUUAUUUUCAGGACCAGACUCUUCUGUACCCACCAGGGUUUGAUGGGAGAGUCAUUCUGUACCCCAGCAAUCAGAAUCUCCGCGAUUACCUUAGCUGGAGGCAGGCUGAUUGCCAUAUCAAUAACCUUUUCAACACAGUGUUUUGGAAUUUGGUGCAGAAAGGUGGACUGACAACUUCUCAGGCCGAAGAGAAAUUGAGGGGUACUCUUUCAGGAGAUAAAAAUGAGAUUUUGUUUUCUGAGUUCAACAUCAAUUACAAUAACGAGCCUCUGAUCCACAGGAAAGGCACUGCUCUUGUUUGGAAGAAGAUUGAUGAAAUCACAAUGAAAACAAUAAAACUUCCAAAUGAAGAGAAAGCAAAAGAAAUUGCAGUAACAAGGACCCGGAAAAAAGUCACGGCUCUGCAUUGUGACCUCAUCGGGGAGGAGUUUUGGGAAGAGCACUCAGAGAUUUUGGAAGAUGACAGCUAGCUGAUGACACAACUGACACUGCAGUUUCUAAAGUGCUGAGAGCUGAGUAGAGAGCUCUGUAAUGUUAGGUUUGUGGGACAACAAGGGAGGAGGCAUUUGGUCUAACCACCUGUUGAGAUGGAUUCACAGGACUUACUAUAGGCUUUAGCAGGAAAUAUUUCUGAAAACUCUUAACAAGGAUUUUUGACCAACCAAAACAAGGGAAAAUGAUUCAACAAAUAUUUUAGUUUUCCUAACUAAGCAUUUAGACAUUAUCUGAAAGCAAAUGUCCAUUGACAGUAGGUGCAGACUUUAAUAAUAAUUUUAAAAAAUAAUAAUAAAUGGUGACUAUUGUAUUCCUUUUUAAA